AUGAAUGGAACUCACCUCGAUGAGCCCAAUGGCGCACUCGCAUCAGGGGACCCACGGGAGAAGGGAGACUCGACACCAGCCGGGCCAGCCUUGCUCCAUCGCUCGCUGCACUCACGACCAUACCAAGUCACCGCGGCGAAGGGGCUAUACCUGACCCUCUCCGACGGGCGGACAAUCAUGGAUGCCUGCGCCGGCGCCGCGGUCGCAUGCCUGGGCCACGGCAACGACGAAGUUGCCCAGGCGGUGGCGCGCCAGAUGAGCACGGGGGUCAGCUACAUCCACUCGCUGACCUACACGUGCGACGCCGCCGAGGAACUGGCGCACCACCUCAUCGACGGUCCCCAGGGCGCCGGGCGGUUCGGGCUGGAGAGGGCUUACUUUGUCAACUCGGGCAGCGAGGCCAUGGAUGCGGCGCUCAAGUUGGCGAGGCAGUAUUUUUUCGAACUGGGCCAGACGACGGGUGGUAAAGGGGGAAGAUCCCACUUUGUGAGCAGGAAACAGAGUUACCACGGCACCACGAUCGGGGCCAUGAACGUGAGCAGCAACCUCCCUCGCAAGGUACCCUAUGCGUGUUUUCAGCAGGACAACGUCAGCUGGGUCACGCCCGCGUACGCAUACCAGUACUCGGACUGGCGAAAGGGGGAAACCGAGGAAGAAUUCGCGCAGAGGCUGGUUGAUGAGCUGGACAGGCAUUUCCUCGAGAUCGGACCUGAGAAGGUCGUCGCGUUCAUCGCCGAGCCACUCGUCGGCGCUACCAGCGGAUGCACGCCCGCACCGAGGGGUUACUUCAGGGGCGUCAGGCGGGUGUGCGACAAGUACGGCAUUUUGUUGAUCCUGGACGAGAUCAUGUGCGGCAUGGGCCGGACGGGGACUCUAUUCGCGUUUGAGCAGGAGGAGGACGUCGUGCCGGACUUGGUGACCGUCGGCAAGGGCCUGGGGGGAGGGUACGCGCCCGUCGCGGCCGUGCUGAUCCAUAAGAAGGUCGUGAACGUCCUCAGAGCCGGCGGCGGCAGUUUCAACCACGGCCACACAUACCAGGCCCACCCGGUCGGCUGUGCGACCGCGCUGGCGGUGCAAAAGAUCGUGCGCCGCGACGGGCUGGUCGACAACGUCAAGCGCCUGGAGAGGUUUCUGUACCCUUUACUCGUCGACACGCUCGGGCCGGCAAAAUACGUGGGCGACAUCCGCGGCCGCGGCCUGUUCUGGGGCUUCGAGUUCGUCCGCGACAAGACCACGCGCGAACCCUUCCCCUCCCAAGCCGGCUUCGGCGGCCGCUUUCAGGCCAGGUGCUUUGACCUGGGCGUCGCUGUCUACCCGGGCGCGGCCACGGUGGAUGGCAAGAGAGGCGACCACGCCAUCCUAAGCCCGCCGUAUAAUGUGACAGAGGACGAACUCAGAAAGAUCGUCGCGCUCAUGAAGACGGCGUAUGAUUCCUUGGAGAAGGAAGUGGAUGGCGAGUCUUGGGGCGACAAGGCUGCAGCAAAUGGACAUGCGAAGCCAUAG